AAAAUUGAUAGAUCCUAUUCUUAUAUGUAUUACUUUAUUUUGUUGGAUAAAAAAUCAUGGGAAUGUGCACUUGACCCUUUGGAUCAACUGACACCAAAUCAACUUGAAGUGCAUUUCUCCCUCUUUCAUGAGCGGGCUUCGGGAUCAAGGUCUUGAUGUUAUAUCAGAAGGAUUAGAUACACUUCAAAAUUUGGCUCUAGAUAUGAAUGAGGAGUUGGAUAGGCAAGUCCCCCUGAUGGAUGAAAUUGGAACCAAGGUGGACAAGACAACAGUUGAUCUUAGAAAGACUAAUGUUAAACUCAAGAAAACAGUCACCCAGCUGCGUUCAAGUUGGAACUUCUGCAUUGACAUCAUUCUUUUAUGUGUUUUACUUGGAGUUGCUUCCUAUUUAUACAAGGGUUAGUGCUUGUCAGCUUUACCUUCGACACAUUAGGAGGAAAAAGACAAAAAACACCCUAAGUAUACUGAAAUAAAUUGCUUUUAAAGGCCUCUUCUACAGCUUGUUUGAACGUAAUCUCAUAAGGUCUGUUGGAGACAUAUGAACGUAACUGCCUGCAGUGCGGAAAGACAUAACAAAGCGAACAUGAAAUCCAACAUUCAGAGACAUCUCACAUUCUCAUCAUGGGUUGGAAACUCUCGAUCGUUUGGAAAACAUUCAGACAAUAUUAAUGUAGUAGUAAAAAUGAUGUUAAAAG